GGCCACCGGAGCUCUCGAGGCCACUCGAAUUCUCCGAGUCAAAGAUACUCUCCAUUGAAGUUGCCCCCCCACCGCCAGCACCAACACCAGCACCACCAUUCGCAUAAUCUGCAUCACGCCUGCCGUCAUUCGCAUCAGCAUCAUCUGCAGCAGAAGCAGCGUCAGCCGCAGCACCACCAACGUCAGGCGCCCUGGAGACCGAUAAGCACAUCAGUCGGCCCGGCACAUGUUGGGCAUCUGCCGGACGUCAUGGCGAAUGCUACCGGCCACAUGCACUUUCAUACCAACUCCACUCCCCAGGACGCGUCUUCAGACUGCCCUGGUUGCCCGCCCCCUUCCGGCCUUGCAGUCACAUCUGCACAAGCCCAGACGGCCUGGACCCUCGCCGCGGAACACCACCUUCCACAGCACAACUUGCCCGACCGUCCGGCCCACUCACCUCCUCCGACGUCACAUCUUCAGGCUUUUGGAAUAAAAGGUGGGUUUCGAGGACCCAGCUUCGAGUCCCGGCGGACCCGCUUACACGGCUGUUGUGGUCAGGCUUGCAAUGAUGAUUUCAGUCAGUUGUGGGCAUAUUCAACUACCAGGCCCGACAUCAGCUCCAGCCAUCGAGGUCGAGUGAACAUUUUAUGCACGCCCUGUUUGUGUUCAACACGAAAUCACAUCAAAAAGUGGAUAUAUGCCGUUGGAAACGACUGCGUGAUCGGGUUAUAACGACUUGAUCACUUGCUUUCGGCUGUCGUCUACGUGAUCACAUCAUGUUGCCAGGCCACCCAGCAACAGGACGCCGUUGUUAAGGUUUCAUCUACUCACCGGCCGUCGGAGCCAAAAGGAAAUCGCUCUGCUGCUGUGCCUCGUGGGGUUGAGGUUCACAUUCUGGCUGCCAAGUGA